UUGAAGGAAUAUCAGCAGAAGAAUAGCCCUGGAGCAACUGCAGGAGCUAAGAAAAAACGCAAAACUAAAGAAGGCAGUAGACCCGAGACUCCCCCCACUGAUGACCGGCAGCCUCCAGAGAAUAUUCAGAACAUUCUGAAGGUGCUGGUGUCAGACCUUAACCGCUCCAAUGGGGUAGCCAUACCCUUAUUGGACAAGAGGAAGGCAUACUUUGACAGUGAUGUUGCCACUCGUAACGCUGAACAGCUUGCUGCUGAUGUCCCUGUGCUAUCUAACAGCAACAAUCUCCCUAGUUGUGGUUCUGUUCUGCCUGCUCCUGGGAGCAUGCAGCUGACACAGAUGCAUGAGGCUGAGGAUCAUAAAAAUGCUUUGGAUGAGAACAGGUCUUUCUCAUCAACAGAAAGUCUCCGCCAGUUGUCUGAACAACUCAAUGGCCUGGUUUCUCAGUCUACGUCGUAUGUGAAUGGGGAAAGUGCUGUUUCUUCCACAAAUAUUAAGGAAAUGGAAACACGUUACCAGGAGCUGGCAGUAGCCCUGGAUUCCAGCAAUCUAACUAACAAACAGCUCGUUACAAAGAUAGAGGAAUUGAAACAGCAGAACCAAGAAGCAGUGAAUCAGCUGGAGAAGGAAAAGAAGGAGUUUGAACAGAAAUUUUCUAAAGAGCAAGCAGCACUGAGGGAACAGCUACAGGUUCAUAUCCAGACUAUUGGAAUUCUAGUUUCUGAGAAGUCUGAGUUGCAGACAGCCCUUGGACAUACUCAGCAAGCUGCACGGCAGAAAUCAGGAGAAGCUGAAAACCUUGCUGCUCGUUUACAUUCAUCUCGCCAGAGGGUAUCAGAGCUAGAACGUACUUUGUCCUCCAUCUCUAUGCAGCAAAAACAGUCAGAGAAGCAUAAUAAAGAGUUAGUGAAGGAACGAGACAACCUGAAACUGGAACUGUACAAACGAAGCAAAAUUAGUGAGGAAAUAAAGCAGCAGAAUUCAGAGCUGUCAGAGAAAGUUCACUCCCUGGUUUCCAAGAACUCAGCUAUGAAGUUGGAUAUGGAGGAUUUGCAUAAGAAGCUGGAAAUGGCUGAACUGAUGAUUCAACAGUUCUCAAAUCAGACAGGGAGUCUGGAUGCAAAUCAGCAGUUGCAGAUAGCACUGGAGGAGAAGGCGAGCCUGGAAACCCAGGUUUCUCAGCUCUCAGAGUCACUUCACCAGCUCCAGACAGAAAGAGAUCAGUAUGUAGAGAAACUGAAGGAGGAGAGGAGCAUUUGGCAGCAGCGAGUACAGCAGCUCUCUGAGCAGGUCUACACAAUGGCAGAGGAGAAGGAGAAGCAUAUGGCCCAAAUUCAGGAGCUGGAAGCCAAUGUUACAGAGCUGUUGAGCAAAUCAGCAGUUAAGCCCAUGGAUAUUGAGCCUUCCUCACCAGCAGGGCCCACAGCAGCUGAGCUGAGUCUGCAGGAAGAGAUCCAGCGACUGCAGCAAGAGAAGGAGGAGCUGCAUGGGCAGUACCAGGCCCAGGUUCGGGACAACGAGCAGCUGAGCCACCUCAACCGGGAGCAGGAGGAGCGGCUGCUGGAGCUCGAGAAGGCUGUGCAGCGCUACAAUGAGGAGUCUGCAGACAGACAGCAGAUCCUGGAGGACAUGCAGAGUGACAAGGCCACAAUCAGUAGAGCACUGAGCCAGAAUCGGGAGCUGAAGGAGCAGCUGGCUGAGCUGCAGAAUGGGUUUGUCAAACUGACAAAUGAAAACAUGGAGGUUACAAGUGCCCUGCAGUCAGAGCAACAUGUAAAGAAGGAGCUGGCCAAGAAGCUUGGGCAGCUGCAGGAGAACCUGGGGGAGCUCAAAGAGACGCUGGAACUGAAAACACAGGAGGCUCAGGGUCUGCAGGAGCAGCGGGACCAGUACUACAGCCACUUACAACAGUACACCGUGGCGUACCAGCAGCUGUCUGCUGAGAAGGAGGAACUGCACAAACAGUACUUGCUUCAGACACAGCUUAUGGAUCGGCUACAGCAUGAGGAGGUUCAGGGGAAGGUGACAGUGGAAAUGCACCUGAAAGAGCUGCAGCAGACCAAGGAAAAUCUGGAAGCUGUAGCUAAGGAAAACAAAGAGCUGCAGGCCCAGAUCAGUCAGUUAGCAGCAGACCUGGAUGGCAGGAUUUUGCACCGACUAGAAGGAGAUGGAGUUGAAAGUGAAGCAAUGACUGAAGAAAUCGAAAAAUCUUCAUUUGUGAUCCCAGAGAAGUUUGAAAGCCAUGAAGAAAUGGUCGCUUUCUUGACAUCUGCCAUGUCCCAAGUGGAGAAGGAGCGAGAAGAUAUGAGGCAGCAGCUGGCUGCUCAGAAACAGCAGUGCAGAAGCCUCCUGCAGCAAAUAGCGGCUCUUAGGCAGGAGCAGCAACAUAACAUCACGCUGGGUGGAGGUUCCACUAUGGAUACUGUUCCAGUGGAGGUUCAUGAGGCUUUGAAAACUGCCAUGGAGAAACUACAGUCCCGUUUCACAGACCUGAUGCGUGAGAAAGCUGAUCUGAAGGAACGGCUGGAAGAGUUAGAACAUCGCUGCAUACAGCUGUCUGGCGAAACGGACACCAUUGGGGAGUACAUCGCAUUAUACCAGAGUCAAAGGGCUAUCCUCAAACAGCGGCACCAGGAGAAAGAGGAGUACAUCAGCAGGUUGGCUCAGGAUAAGGAAGAGAUGAAGAUGAAACUACUGGAACUGCAGGAUUUAGUGAUGCGUCUGGUCAGGGAAAGAAAUGAAUGGUACAGCAAGUAUGUAGCAGCUGCCCAAAACCCAGAGCUGUUAGCAAGCCAGAAUGAAAGCGUACUUCCAGUGGAGAGGCGUAUUGAACUGAACGCUACCGAUGGAGAAGGGUUACGAGAAGUGAAUUUAUCAGAUGAAGCAGAACAAGAGGCUGCUGCUCUUCAUCAGUCCGGUUUCUCCCCUAUUGACACUAAAGCUGCUCAGCCAAGCCAAGAGGACCCCACAGCAAAGCAGAUAAUGCAGCUUCUCAGAGAAAUCCAGAACCCUCAGGAGAGGCUGGGCUCCCUGCUGGAAAACCCCUGCAUUCCCUUCUUCUACCGUGCUGAUGAGAACGAUGAGGUCAAAAUCAUGGUAGUUUAAGUGGUGCUAAAUCGUAUUUCCAGCAGUUUUCUAUGAGCCUGAAAGGACUUAACUGACCUGUACGUGCCCAUACCUCUGCUCAGUGCCCUUGGUCAGAACAGAUUCUUAAAGACAUCAGGGAAGAGGGAUUGCAUCAGACUGGAACUUGAGCAUCAGACCUCAUCUUCCCUUUCUCUUUCUUCUGUUACUUGGUGUGCUUGGAGUACAGGCAGA